AUGGCGUCUCUUUUUAUUGAGAGCCAUGGUUGUAUUGAUCACACUGAUGGUGCUGGGAUGAACUUGAUGGAUAUUAAGCGAAGAGUGUGGCCUAAAUUAAUAGCAUUAAAGGCCGCAGCACCAGGUUUGGAGGGAAAAAUUGGAAAGUUGGCCCCAGCGCAUGCUGUAGCUGAUAAUAUAGCCCUGUAUUUUGUUGAGAGGCUGAGAGCCAAAAAGCUAUUAGAGGAGCCUCGUAAGAUGUUGCAAGUCGAGGGUUUAACUCUCAGCGUUCCAGGGGACCUGGCAAUGAGACUUGGCACCAGGGACAUGCGCCUCAUGCAGGUUUUUGGGAUUGCUAGCAAUCCUGAACCUGGAUUAGAAGGGCAUGUUUUCUCUAAUCCCGUGGACACAGAAGGUUAUAUGGUAAUGCUAAUCUACAAAAAUAGGUCUCUACCCCGGGAAGGUACUGAUCCAUUCCUUUGCAUUCCAGCAAUGUCACUUGGCAUUCCCAGAUGUGGCAACAAUCUUGCUUAG